CACUGGAGGUGACAUCGCCACUCUCCUGCGGGGGGGAAACUAAAAGCAACAAAAAACGAGGCAGCAGCAGCAACAGCAGCAGCAGCAACCCUCUUGAUAAGAGUCGUGGGGAUCCUCCGACAUUUCUUGGGGGGUUAAAACAACAACCUCCCACACGACCGGCGUGGUGACGGUGAGGGUCACGGUGAGGGUCACGGUCACGGUGAGGGUCACGGUGAGGGUCGCGGUGAGGGUCGUGGCCACGCUGAGCUGAGCUGCACCGCCGCCAGCGCCCGGAGCCGGCGGGGGGGCACCGGCAGUCGGUGCCAUGGAGAUUUACUGGUACAUCAUCGUCAUCGCGUUCAUCGUGGUCAAGGUGCUGUUCUACGUGUGCUGGUACCGCUCGCGCCAGCGUCAGCUGCACGCCUUCCUGCACGACCCUGACCACGCGCGGAUCCUCAUCAUCGGCGGUCGCCCCUACGCGCACCCAGCCAACCAGCGGCACACGAGCCGUGUGUGGUACAAUUGGUACUCGGCGAGGGAGGACGGCUCCCCGGGCUCUCCCUCGCGCUCGCUCACCCCGGCGCCCUCCUACAGUCAGCUGGAGCCGCCGCCGCCACCCUACGAUGCCAUCGUCCGCCCGCACGGGAGCGGCGAGCUGAAGCCGCCCCCGUACAGCGAGUGCGUCGCGGCGCUGCUGCCCGCCGCUCGGAUUGCCGGAGAGCCGGCGGCCUCGCCACCGGCUCACGCCGCCGACAGCGACGACGACGACGACGACGACGACUACACGGACGCUCCUCCUCCUCCAUACUCGGCACACGCCGACAGCAGCGCCAGCGCCGCCGGCACCGCCACCGACGCCGCCUCCACCACCGAUCCCAUCGCCGCCGCCACCGCCACCGCCGUCGCCGCCACGAACGGCGGUAACGCCGCCCCCGUCUCAACCGACUCCACCGCCAACACCACCGCCGUCAACACCACCCCCACUACUGAACCCGUCGACGGCACAACCGCCGCCGCCGGAUCUAUCGCCACGGACGGCGAUAACGCCGCCCUUGUCACCGCCACCGCCGUCAACACCACCCCCAAACACAACUGCACCACCGACUCCACCCUCGCCUCUUCCACUCCCACCACGCCCACCGCCGCUGCCUCCAACCUCAACUCGGCGACUGCUGAUGGCGGAGGAAGGCGGCCAUCUCGCGACGACGAGGACGACGAGGACCGCCGCCACCUCCGCGAGGAGGACCCAGCGGCGGUGGUGGUGGUGGUGCGACACACGACCAGACCCCUCCUCCUCCCGCUGCGUGCCGGGGAGCAGCCGCUGUGAGGAGCAAUCGGGAGCCCCCAGGGAGCACACCAGGGAACCCUCAGGGACCCACUUGGGCCCCCCUUAAGGAGCCCCCCGAGAGACCCCCUUGGGCCCCCCUUAAGGAGCCCCCCUUGGGGUCUCCCUAGGGACCCCAGGGACUCCUAGGGACCCCACCAGGGACCCCCCCCCCCCAGGGACCCCCUUGGGACUCCCCUAGGGACCCCCCUAGGUGACCCCCAUAGGAACCCCCAUCCCACCCAGGGUUUACUUUGGACAGAGCAGUGGUGGUGGUGGUGGCGGCGGCGGUGGUGACGGCGGCG